AUGAAUCUCCCUAAGGUUCCUCCCGGUGGUGUUUGGGCUCCCGCAGUUACUUUCUUCGACCACGCAACAGACUCUCUGGACACGGAUUCCCAAGCUACAUAUUACGCAUACCUCUCGAAAUCGGGUUUAACUGGGCUAGUCGUGCUCGGAACCAACUCUGAGACCUUUCUCCUCACCCGCGAGGAGCGCAAGACUCUCCUCAAAACCGCCCGGAAAGCAUGUGGGCCUUCAUAUCCCAUCAUGGCUGGAGUGAGCGGCCAUUCGACCAAGCAAGUCUUGGAAUUUAUUGCGGAUGCGGCUGAUGCCGGUGCCAACUACGCGCUGCUUCUACCGCCAGCAUCACCCGCCUGGCAGCCGAGUUUCAACCUGAACAGUUUGCCACGUUUGGAGGACAGUCGGAUUUUCUGA